CGAAGUACGUGGUCGUAUCUAAAAGCUCCCUGUUGCGUCAACGAUGGGGCUGCGUCUGCGCCAACUGCAGGUGGUGCAUCGUCACGGCGACCGCACCCCGUUGAUCAACAUCUUCAAAGGGAGUGCCAAUGCCCGCGCUGAAGAGGAGGAGGUACUGUUGUGGGGGCGUCAGUUGCCGGCGGUGACGGAGCUCGCACAACUCCGCUCCAAGUUCAGCGUUCACCAGGGCGGCGAGACUCAGACUUCGUUCCAGCAGCGGCCGUUCGGAUAUUUGACGCGUCGAGGCAUCGAGCAGAUGACCAAACGUGGUGAUCGACUGCGAGAGUUGUGUAAGAAAGAGGAGCUGCAACUGGAUGAAGUGUCGCCCGAGCAGGUGCAGAUAAUUAGCAAUGCGUACACGCGCACUCAACUGAGUGUACAGGCGCUGCUGACUGGAAUGCUGAAAGAUCAACCCCAGUUAAGCCCUCCGGUGAGAGUGUUGCCACCGGAAAAGGACAUCAUCAACACGUACUCGAUUUUUCCGGAGAUCAUGCAGAUGAAAGCCGAUUUGGAAAAGGACAAUGCUGAGUUUGCUGCGCGCGAGUACGAGAUGGCUCCGAUCAAGCAGGAACUGAUGAGGUUGUUCCCAGCGGUCGACUCUGGCCAGGUCCCGUUCACCUGGCUAACCGCAGCCGACUACUUUGUGUGCCGUCGCUCUCACCAGGUUCCUUACAUUCCUGGCACUGAAGUGCAUGGUAAUGCCACGGAAAGACAUCUUGGCUUCCGUUUCCACCAGUUCUACUCGCAUCGAACGAUUCUGAAGCUUGUGGCUGGACGCUUGAUGCACAAUGUGCUACGUGAGAUGCAAAAGGCUUUGUGGGACCACAGCGAAAGCAAGGAAAUCGUGAUCUACAGCGGGCACGACGUGUCGCUGUUGUCGGUGCUCCGAACAAUGGACGCCGAAAUUGCGAAUGAAAUCAGUUUUUGGCCUGACUACUCCUCUGCCCUUGCACUGGAGCUACUGGAAGACGAGAAUGGGAAAUUCUUUGUUCGUGCCCGGCUAAAUGGCGAAGUCCUCGCUAUGGGAGAAGAUCCUGACGUUCUUUACUCAGCUGAUCGCUUCCGUGACAUGGUCUCAGAUCACAUUGGAGGUCUUGCUGAUUAACUUCUUCACACAACAACUACACGGACUUUUUAAAGCCAAAUCAAGAUGCCACCAUGGGAAGCAGACAAGCAAAAAUAGACAUUUUUGUUUCUAGAAGCAUUUUAGGCCAGCAGUUCCGCCACCUGCAAGGCACGCUUGUAACGUCGCCGAGCAAGCUUAAUACUGAGCAUUUUUUCCUUCUCCUCAGC